UUACGGUGAGCUCAUCUGUUAAUUUGCCUGACUCAGUGAGUAUUUAAAAUGUGUACACUUGCAUGCGAAUUAGUUCAGAGAAAAACUGAGGCUUUUUACAAGUUUUGCUAGAUUACUUGCAUGCUGCAUGUUGUGCAGAUCGUGCAACAUUCAGUCCAAAAAGUGGGCGUAUCUCGUUUGCAAUCCUGCGGAGAUUUGACUGACAAGGUGUAAACAUUAGCAAAAAGGGGGUGUGUUGAUACGCGAGUUUAGAUCUGGAGCAGCUGCAAGUAAGAAUUGACUAAAGAAGCAGGACUUGUUCUAGCACAUGAGUUUGCUGGCUUAUCUGAUUGUGUCUAGUGAUAAGAAACCAGCUGCAGCAACUACUCAAGCUACACGGUUCCCUUCUGCUUGGAACAUUAACAGUACAGAAACAGGAAGCAGACAUGAUGACCUUCACCUCCAAGCUUUCCAGACAGGCACACAGACCGAGUCUUGGAGCAAGAGGAAACAGCUCCUCUGAAAUGGCAAUGCCAAUUGACACUAGUCUGACAAGUUUGAAUUGGUUGGUAAAUCUUCGAGUCCUCGAUCUUGUCACACCUGAUGUAGCGAUUCCCAUUUCUCCUAUACCUGAAGAUGAAUGCAUAUUGAGCAAAUGUUCACCAAACAAAGAAUACAAUUCGGCUGUUGGUGUUUCAUUAUCCCCAGUGAGAAAAUGCCUGAUACAGUGUGCAGAGUUUAGGAGAGCUCCAAGAAAGUAUCGUACUGACUCAAGCAAACCUCCUUUUUCCGACACAACGCUAAUUUGCCUGGCAAUAAAGCACAGCAGAACCGGACGAGUGACUCUGAGUGAAGUGUUUAAAUGGAUAAGAGUCAAUUUCAAAUUCUACCGCUUAAUGGACAGCUUGUGGGAGGAUUCGAUUCGACACAACCUCUCUCUUAAUGACUUGUUUGUCAAAGUGUCCCAAGCCAACGGACGAGGCUCCUACUGGAGAAUAAAUCCCGACUACUCUCAAACUUUUCAUGAGACAUGUUCCACCCUGUUGGGAGAUGUAUCAAAGGCACGCAAAAGAACAUUUAGUACCUGUCAUGAGAGCAGAGCCCCUAAGAUAAAGAAGCGACGUGUCAAGAGUGAGAGCACUUAUCCUGCCGACCCCUGUGGCCUUCCUGGAGAUCUUGACUGGGUGUCCUUGCUUAGCAGUCAGCGAGUUGGCUGUGCCUCGUGUCCUAGUGAAUCGUGCAGACCAAGCUUUGGAUCCCCUGUUUUGGGAACUCCUGAUUUAGGUCACAUUGGCGAGCCAGUUGUAUGUUCUCCAUUGGUCGCUACUCUAGCCAGUGAUGUCCCAGCCUAUCCCCCGGUGUGUGAGAGCAAUGGAGCAUUGCUAGAGGAGGCCGUGUUGAGGCAAGACUCUCCCCCACUAGGAAUACUGCCCAGUCCCUGGGACAACAGCCAGUCGCAAUCACCCACUGACAAGCAUUAUCACCCAUGGGCCGAAUCAAAGGAGAAGACAUUAUAUGAGUUACGAAAUCUUAGCAAGAGAACCGAACCUGUGCCAACAUAUGUUAAGACGAGCAUGUGGUCUCCUGAGAGCAGUUGGUCAUCCUCAUCGACUUACUCAACUGCUGGUAUCAAGAAGCAAGCUCCUCUCCUCAGCGAGGCAUGUAUUUACUGACUCCCUCCCACCCAAUCAUCAUACAUCAUACCACAUUUAUCAGUCACUCAGUUGUUUAUGUUCGUUUGUGUUACGUCAUGCUGACAUUCCCUUUUAAUAGCCGAUUAUUAAUAAAUAGCUCAAUUCAAUAAUUAUGUUUUAACUGCCAAUUAAAAUAAUGUUGAUACAUAUGAAA